ACGUCCAGCUCUAAUGAAAGUUUAAUUGUAAUGUGACAGUGUUGAGUUUACAGUAGGCGCAGAGUGGAGACAUAAAAAGGACUGAGCUUCCGGCUAUUCAAACCCAAGUUCAGAACACUUUAUCUAGAUGCUUAUAUAAAAAGAAUGAGCAGGAGAGAAGACUUCUACACGCUGGAGAGACUUGACUUCUAAUGUUUACUUAACGCUGUGUUCUGCAGUAUACAAAUGGACAAGGAAACAUUGGCUGAUCCACAGAGCCUGAAACAAAUGGAACUCGAAGAGAUAACCAGCAAAAUAUCAGAUCUAGACAAGUGGAGGAAGAUAUUUAGUCUUCAUGGGUUGGAAAUCAGUCAUCCUACCCCUCAGAAGUGCCAAGACCACAAGCUGGACGAAGAGAAAGAAGAUGCAGCCGGAGCAUCUCAAACUACUAGUGCCCUCAAACAAAGCCGGUUUCCAUCCAAUAUUCUUUAUUCAAUCCCCAAAGCUCUCAUUGUCUCAUCGAACCUCGGCGGGCAGCCCAUCACACUGGAAAUGGCAGCAGCUCUACGAAGGAUGUUAUUUGGAAGUACAUUUCAAGUUUUCAGCUAUGAAUGGAAACGAUCGUAUUUCAGAUUCCAUGAUCCAUAUACAGACUUGGCCUAUGCUUUAGUUCCAGAUAAGGGAGGAGCAGCAGCAGUUCAGAUGGCUGUUCAGGUUAACAUCAUUAAAUACUUAUUGUUUGUACGAAACCAAGAGGAAAAUGUACAACUUCAAAGUUUAUGUGAAAUCAGCCAAAAGGAUCAAGAAAAAGCUCUUGCAGCAGCUUUGGCAGAUAUUCUGUGGACAGCAGGAGAACAUCAGAAAGCCACUGUCUGCCUUGUUACUAGUGACACCUAUUUUACGCCAAGCAAAGACUACAAACUUGAUCACUUUACUGAAAAUGUCCAACUAUUUGACUUCUUUGAGAAAGACACAACCCAGCAGUUUCUCUAUGAUCAUAUACACUGUCUGAAAUGGGAAGGAAGCCAUGGAGUGAUCUUAUUUCUUUAUAGUUUACUUUUCUCAAGAACAUUUGAAAGGCUUCAGAAAGAUCUAGACCUCACCACAACUCAUUUGUUGCAGUGCAGGCUUGGAAACUUCAUCUGUCGACAAGCACUUUUGAACAUCAUUUUAACAGGCAGAGCUAGUCCGCAUGUGUUCAAUGGCUCCCAAAAGCUGGAAGGUGAAGGCAACAUGCAAAAGGUACUACAUGGGGUCUUCUCCCGUAGUGAUGUGGGCUACUUACACUGGAGCAAGGAAGAGGUGGAACAUUACAGACUUCUACAGGUUGGAAGUAUGUUGAAGACCCCCAAAUUGCCUAUAUGGCUGUGUAACAUCAAUGGAACGUACAGUGUUCUUUUCAGCACUAACAGAUUGCUCUUGUCUGACUGGAAAAUGGAACAUCUCUUCGACUUAUAUUUUUAUAAUGGGCAGCCCUCACAGAAGAGAACGGUGCAUUUGACAAUAGACACUCACUCUCAUCACUGGGAAGGAAACCACUGUGAGGAGGACAAUGAUGCAGAAAAAAGAUUCCCUUCUGUGGAGAUGACCAUCAGAACUAAGUGGGAGGGUGCUGCCAUCAACUGGAAUGGGACAGUCCCAUUCUUCUAACGAAGGUGACUAUGGACAUGGAUGCAGACUUUAAUCCAUCACCUCCUUUCACAUGAACUCUGAAACCUG